AUGCACUGUUCUGUUUGUCAAACUGAUUUCAAUACACUCUCUGCCUAUGUCAAACAUCAUCGUGACUCACAUAGUCAUAGUAAAAAUGUCCGUCUUGUUUGUUCAUGUGGUGGUACUUUCAGUACUCUUCGAAGUUUACAAACUCAUUGGCGUCGAUUUCAUAAAAAUAAAGAAGAAAUAAUUAAUGAAGAUACGGAAGUUAAUGAAAAGAGUGAAAAUGAUGAUAAAGAUUUAUCAAGUCGAAGAAAUCAAGAAGAAUCUUCAGAUUUAGGUUUUCGAAUGGAAUCAAGUGAUACAGAUGCUGAAAGUGUUAAUAAUGAAUCAAUGAAUAUUUCUGAUGAAACUGGAAGUUUAAGGGAAGAGGAACAUUUGAAGAUUUUUGAAAAACGUAUCGCGUACGUGCCUUUUCUACUUAGUCCUGAACAAUAUCUACGUCUGCCGAAAGUUCAAGCUGAUUUACACCGUACAAUUACUGAUUAUGAUCCUGAUUGUAUUCAAGAUCUUUGUGAUGGUGAUUUUGCAAGAAAUCACCAGAACUUUCAGAAAUCAACUUAUCUCAAAAUUGAAUUAAAUUCUGAUGAUCUAACAAUUACUAAUUCCAUAUCUCAUCGUGCUCAUUCAAUUUUUUUCUUUUAUUGA